AACUCGACUAUGUAAUGUUGCAAGCAUUGCACCACAGUACUGUGUACUGUGGACUGUGGACUGUGUACUGUGUACUGUAUACAGUAUAAUGAGACAACAAACACACUAAGGGGAGGGUUAAUCUGUCCUAUGCGCGAGAGUCUAGACACAACUCAGUAACUCUUUUUAAUGAUGGCUGCCCUUUCUUCUAUUCUUAAAUGGAUCAUGCCCAUUUUGGUUGCCUUGUACGGGGUAUGGUACUGGCAGAUCAUCGCAAGCAGACGUUACUGUACCAGCGAUGCGUUACUCAACGGCAGGACGGCAAUUAUUACGGGAGGUAACUCCGGCAUCGGUCGGGAGACGGCUUUCGACUUGGCCCAGCGAGGAGCUCGGGUCAUCCUCGCCUGUCGCAAUCUACAGAAGGCCGAAGACGUAGCGAAGGACAUCAAGAGUAGUACGGGUAACUCGGAGGUUGUGGUCCGUCAUCUCGAUCUGUCCAGCUUGCAGUCGGUCAGAGAGUUCGCCCAACAGUUCAUUGAUACUGAGGACAGACUUGACCUUCUCAUUAAUAAUGCAGGGGUAGCCUUCGUCGAAGAGGGCGCAGUCACAAAGGAAAACUUCGACAUGUGUUUUGGCACCAACCACUUCGGUCACUUCCUCCUCACCAACCUCCUCCUAGAUCUAUUGAAGAAGAGCGCCCCCAGUCGGGUCAUCAAUGUGUCCUCAGGCGGUCACGAGGCCGUCUUCUCACCUCUUAAUUUCACUCGGGAGGCAGCAGACGGAGAAAGCCAGAUACUUUACCCAUACUUGAAUGGCUAUUUUAAAAGCAAACUGGCGAAUGUCCUCUUCAGUCGAGAGCUUGCGAGGCGCCUGAAAUCGACCAGCGUAACAUCGGUGUCUUUGCACCCUGGCGUCAUCUACACUCCAAUCUGGGCGACUAUGCCUAACGUAAAUUGGAUCUGGACGCUAUAUUAUUACUUGUCUCUUCCGUUUGUCAGGUUGCUAUUAAUCGACGAGACGGCUGGAGCGCAGACUACGCUCCAUUGUGCUCUGGAUGAAUCGGUGGCUGAACUCUCCGGGAAGUACUUUGAUAACUGCGCGGAGAAAGAACCGUCGCCAUUCGCUCAAGACGACGAGCUCGCUAAGGAGUUAUGGACAGUUAGUUGUGAAGCCACUGGUCUCAAAUGUUGAUUAAAUCGUUUUCAAAUCAUGUUUAUCUCCUCAGAAUAUUUUUUGCAAAAACAAAGCGGUGUGCCUUUAAGAAUAUUAUUUUGAACAGUCGCUUAAAAUAACUUUUUAAGCGAAACCAUUUUCCGUUAUUUGGUAUUCUAAAAUAUAUUGCAUCAGCUAGUAUAUCAAAGGGAAAUGUGAACACCGUUUGACAAUGCAUGCUUAAAGAGGAGGGGAGAGAUUUGUCUAUUAUGAAUAGUAGGCCUAUUUUUUAUGAAAGUUUGCAUAUUGUGGACGAGGGAAACAUUCAAAAUAAAAAAGGUUAACAAGUACAUGCAGUUCUUAAUACUACCUGUCUUAUCUUAUUAAGAGAUACUUUUGUACUGCUAAAUUAUAACUUGAAAUGAGUCUGCAAUAAUAAAACCGAAUCUUAUACAACUGA